AUGCGGUGGAGUUUGUUAGCGUUUGCGUGCGUGGUCGCGGUGGUCUGCGCUGACGACAAAAAGGAGAAAGAUAAAGAUAUUGGUACCGUGAUUGGUAUUGACUUGGGUACCACGUAUUCUUGUGUGGGAGUCUACAAAAAUGGCAGAGUAGAAAUUAUCGCCAAUGACCAGGGUAAUCGUAUUACUCCAUCUUAUGUAGCAUUCACAAGUGACGGCGAGCGUCUCAUUGGUGAUGCAGCCAAGAAUCAGCUGACCACCAACCCUGAAAAUACAGUGUUUGAUGCCAAACGUCUUAUUGGUCGUGAAUGGACGGACUCCACUGUACAACAUGACAUUAAAUUCUUCCCCUUCAAGGUGGUUGAAAAGAACAGUAAACCUCAUGUAGCUGUCAAAACAGCACAAGGGGAAAAAAUCUUUGCUCCUGAAGAAAUCUCCGCUAUGGUGCUCACAAAGAUGAAGGAAACUGCUGAAGCUUAUCUCGGAAAGAAGGUUACUCAUGCUGUUGUUACAGUACCUGCUUACUUUAACGAUGCUCAACGUCAAGCCACUAAAGAUGCUGGUGUCAUUGCUGGACUUAACGUUAUGAGAAUCAUCAAUGAGCCUACUGCUGCAGCUAUUGCCUAUGGUCUUGACAAGAAGGAAGGAGAGAAGAAUGUGCUCGUAUUUGAUUUGGGUGGUGGUACUUUUGAUGUAUCUCUGCUUACCAUUGACAAUGGUGUCUUUGAAGUGGUUGCUACAAAUGGUGACACUCAUCUUGGUGGUGAAGACUUCGAUCAAAGGGUAAUGGAGCACUUUAUCAAACUUUACAAGAAGAAGAAGGGCAAGGACAUCAGAAAAGACAACCGUGCUGUGCAAAAACUGCGUCGUGAAGUUGAGAAGGCUAAGAGAGCUCUGUCAUCCAGUCACCAAGUCAAGAUUGAAAUUGAAUCUUUCUUUGAAGGUGAUGACUUCUCAGAAACUCUUACCAGAGCUAAGUUCGAGGAGUUGAACAUGGACCUGUUCAGAUCCACACUAAAACCUGUACAGAAGGUGUUGGAAGAUGCUGACAUGAACAAAAAAGAUGUUGAUGAAAUUGUGCUGGUUGGUGGCUCUACCCGUAUCCCUAAAGUGCAACAGCUGGUCAAAGAAUUCUUCAAUGGAAAGGAACCAUCUCGAGGCAUCAAUCCUGAUGAGGCUGUUGCCUAUGGUGCUGCUGUCCAGGCUGGUGUACUUAGUGGAGAACAAGACACUGAUGCAAUUGUGCUUCUCGACGUCAAUCCUCUGACAAUGGGUAUUGAAACAGUUGGUGGAGUCAUGACCAAGCUGAUCCCGCGUAACACCGUCAUUCCCACAAAGAAGUCUCAAAUCUUCUCCACUGCUAGUGACAACCAACACACUGUCACUAUUCAGGUAUACGAAGGAGAGCGUCCCAUGACCAAGGACAACCAUUUACUUGGUAAAUUCGAUCUAACUGGCAUCCCACCUGCACCACGAGGCAUUCCCCAAAUCGAGGUCACCUUUGAAAUUGAUGCUAACGGUAUACUUCAAGUGUCUGCUGAAGACAAGGGUACUGGAAACCGGGAAAAGAUUGUCAUCACCAACGACCAGAAUAGACUGACACCAGAAGAUAUUGAAAGGAUGAUCAAAGACGCUGAGAAGUUUGCUGAUGAUGACAAAAAGCUAAAGGAGCGUGUUGAAUCGAGAAAUGAACUGGAAAGCUACGCAUACUCAAUUAAAAACCAGCUGCAGGAUAAGGAAAAACUUGGUGCUAAGCUCAGUGAUGACGAAAAAGCAAAGAUGGAGGAAGCUAUUGAUGCCGCUAUCAAAUGGCUUGAAGAUAACCAGGACACAGAUGCAGAAGAAUACAAGAAACAAAAGAAAUCUCUAGAAGAUGUAGUCCAGCCAAUCAUUGCUAAACUGUACCAGGGUCAAGGCGGUGUACCGCCACCGGGCGCUGGAGGAGAUGAUGAUGACUUCAAAGAUGAGUUGUAA